AGCCGCUACGGCAACGGGCUGCCUUUUUACAUAUUAUAUUCCGAUUUUCAAUAAUCAUCUUGGAAUUAUUGUCGUGAAUCGUGAUCGAGUUGCGCCGUUUCGCUCGAAUCGUGUAUUUUCAACUAGGCAGAUACCGCGUAUCGUCGAAUGUCCACGACAUGACGCUUUGAGUUCGACGACACUACCUCUACAUAAUAUAUCAAGUAUUGAUUUGCGGUUUAAAUGCAGUGAUUGUUGCACGGUCCGCGAAACAAUGAAAAUCAACAUCAAGAUACUUAACGGACAGGAAUGUUCUUUCGACGUUCAAAGUGAGAUGACAAUAGCAGAGCUAAAAAAUCAUGUAUUUGAAGCACUUAAGGUUCCUGUUAAAGAUCAAAGAUUAUUGCUUACCGGUCGUCCUUUAUGUGAUGAAAAAACCUUAGUUGAUUAUCCACAAAUAAAGGAUGGUACCAGAUUGAACUUAAUUGUUAAACCGCAAAUCAUUAAAACUGACGAAUUAGAAGAAAUGAUCACUAAACAUGUACGAGAACAUUAUAGCACAGAAGAUACAGUCAAGGUAUUAAAAGAAUUCAUGAAGGAAUUUGACCGUUCUCUUACACAGUUCAGCUUAGAUGACUACGAGCGUAUGGCAGAAUCAUUGUUGACCAAUGAUGAACAACAGAAGAGUCAAUAAUAACUGCCAAGUCAUAUUAUUAUGUAAAAAAAAAAAAAAAUGAGGAAACAUAAAUAAAUUAAGUAAUAAACCUAUUUUUAUCCACAUAUUGAUAAUAUUAUAAUAUUAAGCC